ACACGAGCUCGGUUUCGCUAAUGUCGUCCUGGCCGGCUACCAUAGUCUUUUUUUUUUGGAUCUAUUUGGACAAGGGCAGCGGCAGCAGGCUUUUCCUUUCGCUGCGUCCCGCUCAGUUAGCAGGAUAGGGAAUAUCGAAAAUUGCAGUGCCCCUGAACCCCAAGGCUUUGAUAUAUCUUUUAGGUAGUGGUCGUUCCCGUAACUUAUUGUGGAUUAUUUCUGUUUUGCUUCACUCUCGAAAUAAUGCGCCAUCUGGUAGUCUCCUGGGUCCUUCUCUGCCGUAUUCAAUAUACCGCAGUGCAGGCACAAACAGCGAUUUGGAAGUUUCCAUCGCAGGGCGCAAAUCUACAGCCCAAUGUGAACGACACAGUGUUAUUGGAUUGGACGUCGACCUUUCCCUCCACAAUCUUGCGGAUGUGGUGUGUGAAUGGAACAGAUGGGGUUACUCAAGAUCUAGCCAGCUCCUUCAAUGUUGAAUCCACUGGACCCUUUAAUUACAUGACAUGGUUGGGCGUGAUUGGCGGCGGCCGAUUUCAUAAAAACACGGCGCAUCUAGCAACGCCUACUCCCCAGUCUCUGCUUGAGUUGUUUCCAUAGACUAGCCCAUAUUAAAUAGUUUAGCGGAUAAUAAUUCU